CAUAUUCAGUUGAGAGAAACCUAAGCUAAGGUAAAACCGUUAGUGUAACAACUAUUUCAUUUUUUCAGAACUCAGAACAAAACAAAACAAACCCCCUUCGUGUUCCUACUUGCAUUUGUAACAUAAUAACAUUUCCCAGCGUUCUUGUUCUCACUUUGGCAAAAAAGAAAAGAAAGAGGGAAAGACAUUCGAGAAUCAAUUAACACAAUCCAAAUAUAAUUAAUUAAUUAAUUAAUUAUAAGAUAAAUAACACAGAGAAAGGAGGAGAUGAGUGAGGCUGCAGCUACGACGACUUCGUCUUCCAUGAUGCGCAAUUACCCUCUCAUUUCCGCCAUCGUUGCUUUCGCCAUCGCACAAUUCAUCAAGUUUUUCACCGCCUGGUUUAAGGAAAAAAGAUGGGAUCCCAAGCAACUUGUUGGAUCUGGUGGAAUGCCUUCAUCCCAUUCGGCUACUGUCACUGCUCUUGCCGCGGCAAUCGGGUUCCAUGAAGGCUUUGGAGGACCUCUUUUUGCUACUGCUUUGGUUCUAGCUUGUAUUGUGAUGUAUGAUGCUACUGGUGUAAGAUUGCAAGCAGGACGCCAAGCAGAGCUUUUGAAUCAAAUUGUAUACGAACUUCCUGCUGAACAUCCUCUGGCUGAAAGCAGACCACUCCGGGAACUUCUUGGGCAUACUCCUCCUCAGGUCGUUGCUGGUGGCAUACUUGGACUUAUAACUGCAGGUAUUGGCUAUCUAAUAACCAUGGCUAGUAGUUGAAAUUGAGGAUUCCUAGUUGGCAUCCCCAGAGGAACCUUGUAUAGAAAUCAAAAACACCAGUCUCUGUUGGUGGCAUACUUGUUCCCUAAUUAGAGAAAGUCUGAUAUGUGCUCCUUCCUUCAGAUCUCAGACCGCAUUCACUUAACCUUAUCAUGUCAACUAUGGCGAUGAAAAAUAGAAUUGUAUUUAUUACACUUUGAUGGAAAGAAAGUAGUAGUAUUUAUUUGACUUUCAGGAUCAUUUAUUAGCCAGAGUACUUGCCUCUUCGCUUGUUUGGUUUUAUUAAUUUUGGAAUGGAUUUAUUUAUAGGCAUUACUUGAAGUCAUUUUCUUA